CCAGCUUUGCCCUGAUCCCAGAAGCAUACUCACCUUCAUUCACUUCACGCUCAUUCAGUCUGCACGCACCAACGCAGGACCGUUAUGGCUUCCCUCAAGCCCAAGCCGUAUGCUCGAAGCACUGCAUCUUCAACCACCAGCCUCUUAAUUCCCCAGUCUCGGAGUCCAGCUCCUCAGGCCACGUUUGCUCAGUCACCGAGGUCUGCUACAGUUAGCGAAGCGUCUUUUGACGAUACUCGGUACACUGGAAGAUCUGCGCCGAUACCGCAGUCCAUCUCUGACAAGUUUUCACUGUCUCCAAAUCCCAAUGAAUGGGGUGCAAACUUAUCCAUAGAGCAUCCAGAGCCGGACGACUUCAUACACAAUCCUGACCCUCGACGCGACCGCAAGAGCGACCGCGGCGGCGACUUCUUCACGUACCGUGCUCUUGCUAAUCUAGGAUGUCUGGUCGUCUUACUUGUUGGGCUGCUUGCGCUUUUUGCCGGAUACCCGAUCAUCAGCCACUUUACAAAACAAACACAGUCUACACUUGGGGGAUUUAACCUUGGUGGGAUAAAUGCGUCCGGACAGAUUGCUAGUAUGCCUGGGAACUGGGGUUUGGUUGACUUGGAGACACCUAGCGACGCGUAUACCAAGCAAGACUACAAGUCUGGGAAGAGCUGGCAACUCAUUUUCUCUGACGAAUUCAACACUGACGGUCGGACCUUCUACCCCGGCGACGACCCUUACUGGGAAGCUGUGGACCUCCACUACUGGGAAACCAACAAUCUCGAGUGGUACGACCCGGCCGCGAUCACAACUGCGAACGGUAGCUUGCAAAUCACUUUGUCCCAGAAACAGACGCACGGCCUGAACUACCAGGGAGGCAUGAUGUCGAGCUGGAAUAAAUUCUGUUUCACCGGCGGGCUGAUCGAAGUUAGUGCUGUGCUUCCUGGCAUCAACAAUAUCGUCGGACUCUGGCCAGCUGUCUGGACGAUGGGUAACCUGGGAAGGGCAGGUUAUGGUGCUAGUCUCGAAGGCAUGUGGCCUUACACUUACGACUCCUGCGAUAUCGGUACCGUUGCCAACCAAACUAUGAACGGACUUCCUGUUGCAGCUACUACUGGUGGUGAUCCCUCCGAGGACGGUGUUCUUUCGUUCCUGCCCGGUCAGAGAUUGUCGCGGUGUACGUGUACUGGCGAAUCCCAUCCAGGGCCGGUUCACUCCGAUGGGACCUACGUUGGAAGGUCCGCGCCUGAGAUUGAUAUAUUUGAGGCGCAAAUCACCGACGGUUCGGGUCAAGUUUCUCAGUCUGCGCAGUGGGGUCCAUUCAAUGCGGGAUACGAGUGGUUCAACACCUCAAGUAACCUCAUUAUCCCAGAGCCUAACAUCACGCAGCUCAAUACCUAUAUUGGAGGUGCCUACCAGCAAGCUACUUCUGGUGUGACCGAAAGCAACCAGGAGGCCUAUGAGCUGACCGGGAAUCAGUUCGCUGUGUAUGGCUUUCAGUAUCAGCCUGGCUUCGAUGGCGGAUACAUCAGCUGGAUUGCGAACGACCAGGUUGCUUGGACGCUCGAGCAAGCUGGAAUGGCUGCGGAUACUCGCGUUGAGAUCGGAUCGCGUCCCGUCCCUCAGGAGCCUAUGUAUAUCAUCGCCAACCUGGGCAUGUCCACGAACUUCGGUCCGGUCGACCUUGAACAUCUGACGUUCCCUACCACCAUGAAGAUCGACUACAUCAGGGUGUAUCAGGACCCUGACAACAUCAACUACGGCUGCGACCCGAAAGGUUUCCCGACGGAAGCCUACAUCAACACCUACAUCGAGGCCUAUACAAACCCCAACCUCACGACUUGGCGCAACGACUAUGGACAGCCGUUCCCCAAGAAUUCAUUCCUCGGUCAGUGUUAGAUCGUGAAGCGCGACUGUCUUUCCGCUCUGUUUGUAACAUCCACAUCUGUACCACCCACAUGCGAGGCCCGUCACUCUUCACUUCACGCUCAGUGGCGUCAGACACUUACCUUCAGCGAAUUGCCGUCUUUCGGCGCCUUCGACUUCGCCCUUGUAUUGCUACACUUACCACGCCAGUGGCGGCUCGAUGCGCUCCGGAAGCCGUUGUUCCUUCAUUUCCAAGAAACUCCGUUCGUGCGGCAACUGGGAGAUCUGUCGCAUUCCUUGUUCUUUAAACCUGUCGCUGUAGUCUCUGUCUCACCUAGCCUCGCUUCUCCGUCCCCGUCUUAUCAUUAUUUCCCCUCCUUCACCGCUCGGACUUCACGUUUCCCAUUUUACUCUCGUGUAGUCUACGUCGCACCCCACAACCGUGAGGAUGUCAGGCCUUCGCCACAUAGCGCCGCCGCCAAUCACUUGCAUGACCGAGUUCAAAUUCAUCUUCGUCAUGAUA